GUUAAUAUUCUGUGUAAUUGUUUACAACUGUACGGUAUAAAUGGUUGUCUACUUAUUAGGAAAAAUUCUUGAAAGGAUGUAAUUUAGUUGUCAAGCAGAUAUUUGUAUUUCACACAAUUAUUUAUCUACAUUAGCCACAUAAUCAUUGAUAAAUCAGGUUAAAAGUUGAUUGAAGUGGAGAAGUGGUUAUACUCGAUAGAUAAUAUAAUACAUAUACAUAUAAUAUUAAAUAACACGAUGAAUUUAACAUAUCAGUUUUAAAAUAUUAAAAUAUCAGUUUUAAAUACUAAUGAUAAUUAUUUUUAUUAAGUGCUUAUCUGUGUACCACUAAUCAUUACCCUGGUAUCCCGGUAAUUCCCACACAACUUCAGAUAAACCUGGAUUUCUAUUCGAGAAGUUGAUUAUUUUUACUCCAAUAAGAAUAAAAACUUUGAUUAUCACUUAACAUGACUAGAUACAGCAUCCAGUGUUAUGGAAUUGAUGUUAAUAAGGAAAAAGUAUGUACACAGUCAGAUUCUCCAGUUUUUCCUAAUUAUAAACCAAAUUAUGUUUUCUACAAUUUGGGAAAAUCAGAAGUUAGUGUAGAAGCGAUAUAUGGGACAGCUAUUUCUUGGAUUGGGAUAAUAACAGGGCCGGUAGUUGUGAAACCAGGAGAAAGAAAAAUUUUAGAAAUUGAUGAUAGAGUUUAUUACGUUACAGGACAAAAAGUUCGCAAUCUUGGAGUGCAUAGAGCUCUAGUACACUGUUCUACCGUUGAUGGAUAUUCUUCAUUCGAUGAUGGUCCUGAAAUCCCUUUAAAAAUUGAUAUAAACAAAAUUGUGAAAAUACUUGUUAAAUUUGAAGUUGGGAAAAUACCAAUUGUUGGUAAGGUAUUUGCAUCCAUUUUGGAUUAUUUCUGGCCUUCAAAUAAAGCCAAUGUGUGGGAUCAAAUCAAAAAUCAAGUUAGCAAUUUAAUUGAUCAAAAAGUAAGAGAAGCGAUUGAAGGAAUACUUGGCGCAGAACUCAGGUCGCUGAAAACUCAGAUUCAGAUGUUGCAUCAAGAGCUGGAGCUCAAUUUACCCAACACGGGAGAACAUUAUUUUACAAUCGCACAAACUUUAAUUGGAUUUGAGAAGAAAUUCACGUUUACUAAAGAAGAAGAUUCUGAUUAUGCAAAUAUCAAUUACUUUCUCUUACCUAUGUAUUCGGCUGUAGUUAACAUGAAGAUACUAUUUUAUCAAUUUGGAAUAGUUAAUCAAGCGAAAUUGGAAUUAACUAAUGACAAUAUUAACAUGUUAAAGAUGUGGAUGAACACUCUUAUAGAAGAUAAAGAUGGGGCAGUUCAAUACAUUAAUAAAGUUUUUGUUGACCAAUACUAUUUAGAAUAUGAGACGUGUUUUCCUGAUAUAGUGUACAAUUCUAUGGCAGCAGUGCGUCAGUAUUGCGCGCUUAACGGUUUUGAAUAUAUUGAUUAUUGGCGAUCAAUUUUAAAAGAUCCAUUUACUACGAAGAAACCCUACAACACUGCAAUAUCGUACUCCACACACUUUUCUCGGCCAACGCCUCUUUUAGCUAGAGAGAUGAUACCUAUUGAAGUAAGUUGUCCAUUGCAACCGAAAUUAAUCAACGGAAGAAGAAAUAAAAUGAUAGGAAUCACAGUAGCUAUUUUCAGAUCAUCUAGGAAUAUUCCGAAAAUUCAAGGGAUGGUUAUCCACUACGAAAAUGGUGAUUCGAUAAAUUUAGGAGAGGCAUCUUCCGAAACAAUUCCGAUAGAUUUCAAAGGAGCUUAUUUGAAAAAAUUGACAGUAUGGGGAUGUAAUGCAUUAGAUAUGUUUGAAUUUUUGUUUACAGAUGGUCGUACAGCAUCCUGUGGAUCUAAUGUGGAUUCAGCAAAUGUAAAUAACGUUUUUGAAUUAGAUUAUCAUCAUAUUGCUGGAAUUAUGAUCACCAAUGAUGCCACUGGCUUAAAAGGACAAUCCGCCAGCAUAUCUGUAUCGUAUCAGUUAACCCCAGAAGAAUGAUCCGAGGAUUUUUUUCUUUAUUAUCAAGUUUUAUAUAUUUUUAAUCGAUAAUAAAAUGUAUCAAUCUAUCAAAUUUUCGAUUUUUUUUACAAUUCUUCAGUCCAAUAUAAUCAAUUUCAAA